GAGGACUUACGGAAUAAAUUCGUUAGUUGGUGGCUUACAACUGAGUAUGGAUCUCAGUCUGAUAUAAAGAACACAAUUCGAUGGGAAUCAAAAAGCAAAUCGGAUAUCUGGGACAGCUUCUACCAGGUUGCGAAUAACAAAAAUGGAAAGCCGAAGGUUAUGUGUAAGGCAUGCCUCUGUACAAUUGGCCAUCCAAGAUUCCGGCGUGCUGGUUCUUCGCCUAUGACAGCGCACCUCAAAACUGGAGCAUGUUCAAAGAAAAGUGGCCCGAGAAUCGACCAGCUUAUCAAAAGAAUGGUACCACUAGUAUAUCAUUCACCCAAGACCGUCUCUCCGAUGCUAUUCUGAGAUUCAUUUCAACUGCACAUCUGCCCUUUCGAGUGAUCGAACACCCCCAAUUCCACCGCAUGUUAGAGGUUGCUCAGCAAUCAUCCACUAAACUUACGAUUCCAUCAGCACGAACCAUUCGACGUCAUCUCGAUAUCACAGUCCAGAAUAACCAGAAGGGGAUUCUACAGAGACUUCCAGAGGGGUGCCGGCUAUCGAUAGCCUUGGAUUGCUGGACUUCUCCUUUCCAGCAGGCCUUUAUGGCUAUCACUGGUUACUUUAUCGAUCAUAACUGGGAUUACUGUGAGGUUCUUCUAGGCUUUGAGCCUCUCCAUAGCUCCCACACUGGUGAAAAUCUCAGUAAAACCGUGACCCAGAUCCUAACAGAACAUAGUAUCUCGGAUCGUAUCCUGUCAGUGACCACAGACAACGCAACCAACAACAAUACUUUGAUGCAGAGUAUCCAGGAGAACCUUCAGUCUCAGCAUUCAUCAGAUAUCUCGAUCUUCCGCGUCCCAUGCAUCGCGCAUGUGAUCCAACUGAGUCUCAAUGAGCUUCUUGGGAAGCCUAAGGCAGUGCCAAGUAAUAAGGAGAUCGAGUUAGAGUGGUCUGACGAAAAAACCCACUCCUUCCAGAAUAAGCGCAAUAUCUCCGGCGGUAUCCAGAUCACAGAUACAUUGAAAAAGAUCCGAGGACUAGCAGUCUUCAUUAAUGCAAGCCCACAACGUCGGGAGGCAUUUAUGGCCCUGCAGCCGGAGCCUGCAUUGAUUCCAAUCCAAGAUGUUCGGACACGAUGGAACUCAAUAUUUCUGAUGCUCAACCGGGCCAAGAAGCUCCAGCCAUUCUAUGAUCAGUAUUGUACUGAUCAUCAAUAUCUUUAUUUCAAGCUCGAUCAAGAAGAGUGGCGUCAAGUCGAAUAUCUUCUUCUUCUGACAAAGCCCUUCUUUGAUUUCACAAUGAUGCUGUCAAAGACCAAGGAUAUUACCGCACACAAUAUCUACAGUAUCUACAACAAGCUUUUCUCCUAUCUCGAUGCAGCCGAGGCGAAGCUUAAGAAUAAAGGUGUGAUCUGGAAGAAACGGAUGUUGCGGGCACUCCAAACAGCAAAGAAAAAGCUCUCCAAGUACUACACUGCCACCGAAUACGAGCCUUAUGGUGACAUCUACGCUCUAGCAACAAUCUUCUCUCCAUCAAAGAAGGUCCGGUACUUUUCCUCGACUGAUUGGCAGGGCGAUAUUGAUUAUGUGAAUCGUUAUCAAGAGGUCCUAAACCGAGAGUUUGAUCGAUAUAGGAAGAUGCUUACCUAUGAUGCCAAUGACCUAGCGGCACUGGAGACUUCUGGAGUAGCUAUUGAUGAGAAUGAUGACUGUGAUCUUGAUGCUGCUUGUGCAUCGCAAAACCAGCCAUUGGAAGAGCUUGCAAAACCAGAUGACAACGAGAUUGCACGAUAUCUUGCUCGUGGAACUGAGCGACAGAAACCUCGACUUUUCUGGAAGGAACAUGAGCAGAGCUUCCCGACCCUGGCAAGGAUGGCAAGGGACAUUCUAUCUAUCCCUGCUAGUGGUGCUGGUGUUGAACGACUAUUCAAUUGUGCUCGUGAUAUCUGUCAUUACCGUCGUGGUCAAUUGAAGCCGAGUACAAUCCGUGGCCUGAUGCUGCAUCAGUUUGCUACCAACUUUGAUCUUCGAUAUGAGGAGCUGGGGAUUAUCAAAGAGUAUCUAUCCCAAGGUGAAGCUGCUUUGCUAGAUCAAACCCGGAGAUCAUUACCACAGCUUGAGGUCUUGGAGCCUAUCAGUGAUAACGAGGAGGAGGAUCAAGAGACUGGACUCGAGGCUACCCAGCACACUGAGAGCGGUGGUAAUGACUCGGAUGAUGAUAGUGCCGAGCGACGUAGACGGGCAAAAGGAAAACAACCUCAAAAACGACCAUACGACGCUGUUGAAGAGGAUGAUGAGCUUCCAGAAAUACCGGUGGAUAGGAGCAUGCCAGGCCGUUCAGGGCGGAUUCGAAAACAGCCAAGGCUACCAGAUGGCUUCCAGUUAGUAUAA